AUGGGUUCAAACACAUCUUCUACCCUUCCAAGGGGAAAUCACUCUCACUCCUCUGAUUUGGAUACUGAGGAAACAACACAAAAACUAAGGACGAGUAUUGAUUCAAAAAGACAUUUACAACACACCAUGAUUGAGGCAUCAGAUGCAUCGCACACCUCGUUCAAACCGUCGGCAAGAAAAACUCAAAGCCACAGUUCCAUCGUUGUUUCUAGCUCAGAUUCAACUCAUCAUUACAUGACUUCUUCUAAUCCUCUUUUAAAGCCAAAAACGCGGCCUUCUCUGUCCCAUCCAUCGCUUCAAGUUUCCAACACAUACAUCCACCACGUGCCUUCACCGUUAGCAAGAAGUUCCAAUCCCAUCACCACACUGACGUCAGCUUCUCAUCAACAACAAUCAAAGUGCAAUCAAAUGUUUCGAAUGCCUUCACCUCAAAAGGGUACUUCACCAUCAACAUAUAGAUAUGUGGAACCAACGUAUUCUCCCGAGCAUUCUUCGCAUCUUAUUUCGCAAUACUCAAGUAGACCCAAUGUUCUUGCAGCCCUCAACAAUCAUGACACAGCGUCGAACAAGUUCAUCCCUGAGAAUGAGAACGAUUCUGUGAUGUCUGAGGACGACCUUAGUACCGUCGUGUCAAGUAGACGAGGAUCUGUUUUCUCCACAACAACUUCCGAAGUGUUUUCUCUUCCAAGUAGUCAGAGCUUCCUCAGCACAAGAAGAGGCAGUAUAUCCGUGAAUGGAAGUAGCAUUAGCAGCGGGAUAUCAGACGAUACAAACGCGACACAGUCCAACGUUUCAAGUGAUCAACAUGUCUUUCCAUCCCAACAUCAAUACCAUCAGAAGAAUCAAGAACAGCAAGUCAAUGAUACAAGCUCGGAGGAAAACUGCAUCAUCCUCAAUAAUAAGAGUAACAAAUCUUUGGUUCACUCUUCCAGUACAAAUUCCCUUUCUAGUCUUACCAAUUAUGCAUACCAACCUUCUCCGAUCCAAACGUUGUUUCAAAAAAACAAGCUUGAGCAUUCCAGUUCAGAAAAAACCAUUGCACCAAGAUAUGGUUCCCUUAAGUCUCUCCCUGGAGCACAACACAAUCCUAUCCAUUCUAAAUCAGCUUCCGGAGCAGGGUUCACAUCUCUCUUUAACCCUGCACUUGACAAAAAGGUGAUACCUGAAAUUCCACUUCUGGCAGUAACAAAACCGAAUGAGCCACCUUGCUUUUCUCAUUUGCCUAGAAGCGUGAAUAAACGUUGCCAACAACAGGCCCACAGAUCCGGCUCGGCUAUCAAGAAUAGGCAGUAUCUUGAUGUUCAAUAA